GCGUCAGAUAAUUCGAUUCGUAUUUCCGGGUUUCAGAAUAAAACGCCUCCAGUUAAAAAAGUUUUGGUGUCGUUGCGGGUUCCUCGUGAAGUUCGAGGUGUGUUUGACGUCAGCUUCUGUCUGAGUGAACCCGGGUCCGCCUUCAGCAGGUCCAGACCAGCAGGGAGGAUGUCCACCACGUCUCAGAAGCACCGGGACUUUGUCGGGGAGCCGAUGGGAGAUAAAUCGGUGACGGCUCUGUCGGGGAUCGGAGAGAUUCUGGGGAAGAAGCUGGAGGAGCAGGGCUUCGAUAAGGCCUACGUGGUUCUGGGUCAGUUCCUGCUGCUGAAGAAAGACACGGAGAUGUUCACCGAGUGGCUCAGAGACGCCAGCGGGGCGAACUCCCGUCAGGCCGGAUCCUGUGCUCAGUGCCUGAGGGAGUGGUGCGACGCCUUCCUCUGAGACCCCGCCUCCUCCAAUCCUGUCCCUCCUCAGCACGCUCACUUCCUGUUUCACUUCCUGUUUCUGCGUCUGUUGUUCAGCCUCCUGCAGGUUCACCUGGACAGUGAUGAUGUCACACUGACCUGACAGGUGUUGGUUUACCUGUUAAACCAGCUCGUUUCAUUGGAGAAAGUUUAAUAAAAGUUUGUCUGAACGAA